AUGCGCGUUCAUUAGUGUUGCGCCCACUUUUGUAGUGAUAACUUGGGCUGGUUUUUCGCGUUUGGAAAAAAAAUGGCUAACGGUGAAAAAAAAUUGUCUACCAAACGGGAGGUCGAUUGGUUUAUGGUUCUCAUACAGAUGCAAGCCGCUUUUGUUAUAGUUAUUGGAUUGCACGUAUGCGUUUUUCAAGCACAGUGGAGAACGAUUUUUUUCAGUAUUGUCCUAGCUCUAUUUUCAAAUUUAGGUCUUACGGCUGGAGCACAUAGACUAUGGGCUCAUCAAUCUUACAAGGCAACUACAAAAUUGAAGAUAUUUCUAGCUUUAUGCCAUACUUUGGCUGGAACUGGCUCUAUUUACAAUUGGGCAAGGCUGCACAGACUCCACCACAAACAUUUUGGUACGGACCUCGAUCCAUACAAUUGCAGUAAAGGAUUCUACUUCGCCCAUGUCACUGGAUUCUGCUUCAAAUUGAGUGAAGCACAAGAAGAAGCCUUGAAUGAAAUAGACACAUCCGAUUUGGAAAAUGAUCAAGUUGUCAUGUUUCAACAUAGGUUCUAUUGGUAUUUGUACUUGAUCAUUGCAGUAUUAUUACCUGUAAAUGCACCUGCAGAAUAUUGGGGUGAGACUCUGAUGAACACAGUGGCCAUAGCUGGUUUUAUGCGGCUCGCUGUUGUUUUCCACUCCAACCUGUUGAUUUCCAGUGGUAGCAAACUAUUGGGUCUAGCUCCAGGUGAAAAAUUCCCUAGCGAUACCAAUCUAGUGUUCUUCUUCAACAAAACUCACUGGAUCUCCUACCAUUAUCUGGCCCCAUGGGACUACCAGACUGGAGAAUAUGGCAAAUACGGUGAAGAUUGUCCAACCAUUUUCAUCAAUUUGUGCGAAACUUUGAAACUAGCUUCGGAUUUGAAAACUGUCGACAGUAAUACUAUAAGAAAAGCUUUAGUGAAAUCAGUAGAUGAGAAAAAAACUUUCUCAGACAGUCUAUUCGAAUUGCACAAUGUAGAGCAGAAGACGAAAGACAACAUGUUCAGACCAACAAAGUUUUUCUGAAUGUAAACCUAUUUUUUUUUUUAAAUAAAUAUUUUUAUUUUUCA